GUAUAAAGGGGGAGUUGUUCACUUUUGAUAAACUGGAAGGGGAUGGAGUAGAUAAAAACUGUGUUUUCUGCAGUGAUGAAAUUGAAACUUUAGACCACCUAUUCUUUAAAUGCAGGAUAACCAAAUAGGUGUGGGACACAAUCAAAUCUUGGCUGAGGAUAACAAGGAAUAUGACUACAUUGAAAGCAGCUCUGAAAUGGCUACACAAGGAAGCAAAAGGCACAGGUAUAAAUUCUAAUGGUAAAAAGAUUUGUGUGGCGGCUACUGUCUACCUCCUAUGGCAUUUCAUAAAUAAAAAGAAGUUUGAAGGCAAAGGAAUAGAACCAGAUAACUUGGUGAAGAUAAUCCAGACACAAACAUAUAGAAUUGUAUAUGACAAAUAUGAUCUGUACUCAGAUUUAUAAGCUCUUCUAGGCUUGUAGAUUUGAGAAUUUCUUAUGAUGUAUGUUUUUGGUAAAAGGUUUUGUUAAAGGAAGUCAUGUUGGCUUGCCUUUUGAAUGUAAUGUUUUGCAUCUUAGACAGGGACUUGGUUUCCCACUCUCCUGGGUAUGCUCAGUGUAUGUUGUACAUAUCCAUUUGAUCCAUUUGAUCAAUAUAUUUAUCAUUUACUGAUAAAAAAAAAUUGAACCCUAAAUCAUCAUAUAAAAUACUUUACAUUCAUCAAGUUGAACUCUAAAUCAUCAUAUACUCAAAAUUUGUUCAGAUUAUACUCGAUGUGAAAUCAUAAUAAACUCUCUCGUUUAAUUAUUUCAAGGCAUUUUCAACGAGCCCCACACUACUAUGCCAAUUACAUGACAAUAUCUUUAACACAACUUUGAUAAUUGAUAAUAAAUAUUAUAAUCAAGGUUGAACUCGAUUUAUACACCCAUUUUGAUUAUCAAAGGGUCAUUUGAUAUUCUUAUCAAAAAUUAAAAUAAAGAAAAAUAGACAUGAGAACUAAAAAUCAGAAAUAAAAACUAAAAAUCGAAAACUUGCAAAAUAUUUGGUCAUUUUUAAAAUUAAAAAAAUUAAAAUUUUGAUAAAACAAAUGCUCAUUUUUGUUCUUAAAUCAAAUAAUAAUUGUAAACAUGAUUUAAAUAGUAAAAAUAAAAAGCAGUAAAAAUUUAAAAACUAUAAUAAAAAAUAAAAUUAUUAUGUUUAUUUACUUAAUUAUUAUAUUUCAAAAUUUACUUUACAAAAAUAAUCUAAUUGGACAUGACAAUUGAAAUAAUUUGAAAACAUUUUGUAAAUAAUUUUUAUUAUUUUUAAUUUUUUUUUGAAAUUUUAUAAAUAUUUUUAUUUUAAUUAUAUAUUAAUUAUAACUAAAAAUAUGAAUAAAAAAAAAAUUUUAAUUGCAGUUGGGGGUUGGCGUCGCACUGGCCAACCAAUAUUAAUCGAAACUCUAAAGGAGUCCUGGCGGUGCUUCCGAGAAGUCAUUGGCUAGUUUUCUGUUAUCCUUUCGAGAAUCCAAACAGAGCCUCCAUGGACCUCCUCGGCAAGCCCAUAGUUUUCACUGUAAUAGCUCUAAUCCUCUCGCUUCUCACUGUGAAAUGGCUCGCCAAGAAAUUGCAGGAAAAGCCAAAGAUGGAGAAGAAGCAGGAGAAAUACCAUCCCGUUGGUGGCACCAUCUUCAACCAGUUGCUUAAUUUCAAUAGGCUGCACCACUACAUGACUGAUCUUGCUCGGAAACACAGGACUUACCGGCUGCUCAGUCCUUUCAGGAGUGAGAUUUAUACGGCAGACCCCGCAAAUGUUGAGUACAUGCUUAAAACUAACUUUGAAAACUAUGGCAAGGGAUGGCAUAACUAUACGAUUUUGAAGGAUCUUCUAGGCGAUGGUAUUUUCACAGUUGAUGGUGAUAAGUGGCGACAACAGAGGAAAAUAUCAAGCAAUGAGUUCUCCACAAAAGUAUUGAGGGACUUUAGCAGUGUAGUUUUCAGAAAAAAUGCCGCAAAACUUGCUUAUAUAAUAUCUGAAGCUGCAAAUGCCAACCAGACAAUGGAUAUUCAAGACCUAUUCAUGAAAUCGACUUUAGAUUCAAUAUUUAAAGUUGCAUUUGGAGUUGAACUAGACAGCAUGUGCGGAUCAAGUGAAGAAGGUGUGAGAUUUAGUGAGGCUUUUGAUCACUCGAGUGCACUGACCCUUCGGCGAUAUGUUGAUAUCUCCUGGAAGAUUAAAAGAUUUUUGAACAUUGGGUCAGAAGCCAUGUUAAGGAAAAAUAUCGAAAUUAUUGACAAUUUUGUAUACAAGCUAAUCCAUUUGAAGACUGAGAAGAUGCAGAAAUCACAAGAUGAUUCUUCUAUGAAGAAAGAAGACAUUUUAUCAAGAUUCCUGCAAUUAACAGAGACUGAUCCAAAAUACCUACGAGAUAUUAUUCUCAAUUUCAUAAUUGCUGGCAAAGAUACAACAGCAGCCACUCUUUCCUGGUUUAUUUACAUGCUCUGCAAGCAUCCUGUUGUGCAGGAAAAGGUUGCACAAGAAAUAAAAGCGCUGACAAAUAUGAAAGGAACUUCGGCAUACACAGAGUUCGCAGCGAGUAUAAGUGAAGAAGCUCUAGAAAAGAUGCAAUAUCUCCAUGCGGCCUUAACUGAGACACUCAGACUCUAUCCUGCAGUUCCUGUGGAUGCAAAGAUCUGCUUUUCAGACGAUACCUUGCCAGAUGGGUUCACUGUGAGGAAAGGUGAUAUGGUGUCUUACCAACCAUAUGCAAUGGGCAGGAUGAGAUUCAUAUGGGGAGAUGAUGCAGAAGAUUUUCGACCAGAAAGAUGGCUCGAUGGAGAUGGUGUUUUCCAGCAAGAGAGCCCUUUUAAAUUCACGGCUUUCCAGGCGGGCCCGCGUUUAUGUUUGGGAAAACAAUUUGCGUAUAGGCAGAUGAAAAUCUUCUCAGCUGUUUUGUUAAGCUGUUUCAUGUUCGAACUCGCCAAUGAGGAGAAAGCUGUCAAUUACAGGACAAUGAUUAAUCUUCACGUUGAUGGUGGCCUCCAUGUUCGUGCCUUCCACAGGCCUACAAAAACCCCAUAGGUUGUUAACAUCUCACCUCCAUGGGUUGGUUAUGGAUUCAUGUAUACCAGUAUGAUAAAACUAGAGUAAAAGGAAGGGAGAGGGAAAUAAAGAAUAAAAUAUAGUAAAGAAUAAGUUGCUAUUAAUGUAUAUUCAAUCUUUGAACAACUCCCUAUUUAUACAAAAAACUGGGGAACAUGUAAUUAAAAAAAUAAAUAAAUAUGUAUGCUCCUUUCCAAAAUAAAA